AUGCGGUCAGACGGUCUCUUGGUCCUCGUUGCGGUCCUCAUUUCCACUGCUCUGGUGGCUGGAGAUGGAGUCAAAGGGGAGAAAGCAGGAGUUUGCCCGGCGGACAACUGGCGCUGCAUCAGGAGUGAGGGUCCCCUGUGUUACAGAGACAGGAACUGUGAGGGUGAGCAGAAGUGCUGUUUUCUGCACUGUCGCUACAGAUGUGUGCAACCUGUGAAGACGCUGGAGGACAAUGAAGCCCUCAUGAGUGAGGUGUGAUGCCUCAUAGACAAGGCCUCAGGGGACUGCCUCACCCUUCCACCACGUAAGGACACAGCAAGAAGGGACAAAGACCGAAAACCAGGCCUUUCCAGAUCCUGAAUCUCCCGGCACCUUGAUCUUGGACCCCUAGCCUCCAGAACUCUGAGAAAUAAAUGUUGU